AUGGUAACCAAAGAUGAGCUCUCGUCAAACUUCCUUUUUGAAAUUAUGUCGACUGAGAUUGCUGAAGGCAAACACGAUGCUCUGAAGAAGAUCAAAGGAGUUGUCGAAUUCCAUAUCACUGUGGGAGGAGUCGAGAAACUCGUUUACACAUUCGAUCUUCGCAGCUUCCCAGGAACUGUUAAACCGGGACCAUCAAGUGUUAAACCGAAUUCGGUCAUUACGGUAGAAGAUGAGAACUUUGUGAAGCUUUGCCUUGGCGAAAUCGAACCGGUUCAAGGAUUCUUGACAAAGAAAUUCUCGGUUCGCGGCGAUAUUCUACUCAUGCAGAAACUGAAUACAGUUAUGCGAGGAGUUCGGAAAAAUCUUUUAUAA